AUGCGCAAAGCAAUACCACCUGGCGAGCGUUUAGCGGUGACUCUUCGCUUCCUGGCUUCUGGUGAUAGCUACAAAAGUCUGUCUGUUGCUUUUCGCAUCGCGCCAAAUACGAUUUCCAUCUUCAUACCAGAAGUAUGUAACGCAAUUUACAAAGCGUUGAAAUCCGAAUAUUUAAAGUUUCCAACAAAUGAACAGCAAUGGAAGGACAUCGCAGCAAAAUUUAAUGAGAGGUGGAAUUUUCCAAACUGUAUAGGCUCAGUUCAUGGUAAGCAUGUUGUGAUGAAGGCUCCUCCGCGUUCAGGGAGUACCUUUUAUAAUUAUAAAGGUACUCACAGCAUCGUGCUAAUGGCGAUUGCGGACGCAGAAUACAAAUAGCUUUACAUUGAUGUCGGAUGCUACGGAAGAGUCUCCGAUGGUGGAGUUUUCGGAAAAUCUACUUUUCAGUACGCCCUGGACAACAAUACACUUAACUUACCUUCACCACAACCUUUGCCAGACCGUCAACGUGAUGUUCCGUACGUAUUAGUUGCGGACGAUGCAUUCCGAAUGCAGAAAAAUCUGUUAAAGCCAUAUCCUGGAAGAAAUUUGUCUGCCGGUCAACGUAUAUUCAACUAUCGCCUAUCGAGAGCUAGACGCGUUGUUGAGAAUG